AUGCUGCAGUACCCAACAUUAAAAGAUAGGGUCUUUAGAAGCCACAAAAGUAUCCACCUACUAGCACCGACGCAAGUGCAGCGUGGGACAUACAAGGGCUGGACUGAUUCACAAAUGGAGCAGGCCCUCCAGGCAGUGGUUGCUAGCGGCGCAUCUAUACGGAGGGCGGCGUUAGAUUAUCAUGUGCCCAAGUCGUCUCUUGGUGACCGCGUUAGCGGCCAAACGGUGCCAGGAACUAAGAGUGGCCCACCACCAUACCUGAAUGCAAUGGAAGAGGGUGAACUAGUUCAAUUCCUCUCAAGGUGUGCAUCCAUAGGGUACGGAAAGUCACGUAAAGAAGUGUUGUCGUUGGUGCAGAGCGUUAUGGACAGUAAGAAGACUGUGACUAAUGAUUGGUGGGAGGGUUUUUGUUGACGUCACCCCAAUCUGUCCCUCAGGAGUGCUGCUCCAUUGUCUCUGGUAAGAGCCCAGGCUUCAGACCCAGAAAUGGUUAAUCGAUACUUCGAUCUGCUAGAGCGUACGCUAGAGGAAAAUGAGUUGACAGACCAUCCUGGGCAGAUUUUUAACAUGGACGAGAGUGGCAUGCCACUUGACCCGAAGGCGCCAAAGUUUGUGGCAGAACGAGGUAGUUCAGUUACUACGGUUGGGUCAGGGAACAAGUCCCAAGUAACAAUAGUAGGGUGCUGUAGUGCUACCGGCCUAUGCAUGCCUCCAAUGGUCAUCUGGGACGGUAAGACACUUGCACCAGAACUAACCAUUGGUGAGGUCCCAGGCACAAUAUAUGGACUUUCGGGCAAUGGGUGGAUGGACAUGGAGCUUUUCCACAUGUGAUUCUGUAACCAUUUUUUGAAGUACGCUCCUUCAGUUCGACCCCUUCUCUUACUGAUGGACGGGCACUCCUCACACUACUGCCCUGACACCAUUCGUCUUGCAGCACGUGAAAGGGUUAUCCUUUUCACAUUGCCUCCGAAUACCACCCACAUGUUGCAGCCUCUGGAUAGGGGGUGUUUCGGACCACUCAAAAUGGCAUGGAGGG